GUAGUAAAAUUGUUGUGAUUGUGAUUUUUACUAAAAUUUUAAUUUUUCACAUAAAAAUAUAGGUUUUUCCAAAUAAACUUAAGUUAUCUCAAGAUAACUAAUGAUUUUGAUUCACUUUACAUGAUGACUUGAAAUCGUAUGUAAAUAAGUGUUCGUUAAUUUUGUUCUUUUUUAUCUUCUUUUCGAUUUGUCUCUAUAAUUUUAUUUUACCAAUAUAUUUUCCUUGAAUGCUUGUAUAAACAAACAAGGAGCCAUUAUAGUGAAAGUAGCAGAAGUGGUAGACCUUGACAACAUGCACACGGAGGAAGACGACGUCCCAAUCACACCCAAGAAAAAACUCGACAAAGGUCAGUCAUCGAGCGACACCGCAGACAGCUCCGACAAGAGUGAUCCUAAAAAGACGGACGGUGAAGACCCGAAGCCUCGAAUAGUACUGACCUUUCGCUCAGACAAAAAAAAUUGCAACAUGAAGAUUGUUCCCAAUGAUGAGAAGCACGAGGAGUCUUCUCCAUCUCCACGCCGAUCGACGCGCUCCAGGCACAAGUGGGAGUGGUCCGAGGAUGCUGAAAUGUCAAUAUCUCCAAAAAAAGAAAAAAACUCCAGCCAGUCUGUCUCAGAGAAUGAUGAAGCCUCAGACAGCUCCCAUGCUACACCAAAGAGGUUGACAAGAGGUCGAAGCAAAGAAUCUUCGGACAAUGUUUUAGCUAAUGCCAUAGCCAGGAAGGAGAAGUCAUACAAUGAAGCUGCUCCUGGGCCAACCCAGCGGUUGUCACGUCGUAUAAAGCCAACUGCUAAGAUACUCGCUAAUGAAGAGUUGAGGAUAGGGCUGGAGUCCCAGAAUAACGCCAGACUAGGACUACAGAGUGACAAACCUGAAGAAGGUGUGAGGACUAGGAAAUCUGCUAGGUCCAUGCCACCUGAAGUAGAUCUGACUCAAGUGACUCCAGCUAUGUACUUGCUAGAUAGGAACAAAAAAGAGACCAGGAGUUCCAAAGCCGUCGAGGAAGAGGAAGCACCUGAGGACGUCAGCGAUGAGGCCAAACAGAGCCCCAACACCGUCAUGAAGCUCAAGCACCUCUGCGAGCUCGGCCUGAAGGCAAUCAACCCGGAGACAAUGGAAGAUGAAGCCGUUGAAUUAGACGACGAAGAAGAUGAAGGCCAAGAGGAGGAAGAAUACGAAAAUGAGGAAUUGGAAGAAGAUGAAGACGAGAUCGACGACGACUCAGAAGUGAUCAGCAAGUUGCUAGAAGCGGACGACGAUGAUGACAGCGAUGAGGACUUCAGCUGUUCAGCUGAGGUGUCUCAAGCCAAGCGCCCCAGGCGAUCUACGAGGCUCUGCUCGUCGUACGGGGAAUCAGAACUUGCGCCGUUCACUGUGGAUGAUGAUCAGAAAGAAGAAUACAACUACCGCCCUUCGCGUAAGAGAUCGCGCAGAAACGAGGAAGUGCCAGUGGAGGAACCAGAAGAAAGUAAAAGUAAUAGGGACGUUCUUCCCCGUCGCGCCAAGAACACCGAUCCAUGGAAGCGGAGUGACUCCAAAACGCCUGACACCCAGUCUGUGGUCAACAUACCGGAUGACAAUGACGAGCCGGCCGGCGGCGACGAAGGUUCAGAGGCGGCGUGCCCCGAAGACGAGGCCAGUACAGCCGCCACGUGCUUCUGCGAGACGCCCAGCAACAUAUACGCGGCGCCCGGGGAACUCACUGAGCCGGUGUUCUGCCAAGCGAUCGAGACAGUCGACGGCGUCCGCGUGGGCUGCUCGCACGCCGCCGCGCGCGAGGAUGGGACGCUCCGCCCUCUAUUACGGGCCGGGCCGCGCGCGCCUUUCGUGCUCACUUGCACGGUGCACGCGGCCCAGCUGCGUGCGCAUAUGUGCUGCCCCAACUGUGGGCUGUUUUGUACACAGGGCACGUUCUACCAGUGCUCCCUGGGCCACCUAUUCCACUUAGAGUGCGGUCUGCCUCACUCCCGCUGGAACCGCUGGUCGAGCGACGCGAAGGCUCGCCCGGGCUGCCCGCACUGCGGCGUGGGCGCGCGGCGCUGGACGCCUCGGAACAGCGCCUGCCGCCGCGUGGCGCUGCGGAUGGAUUGCAGCAACAAGCGCAUCUUCCUGCCUGACCAGCGCGAGCAGUGCGACGCGAAGGCUCGCCCGGGCUGCCCGCACUGCGGCGUGGGCGCGCGGCGCUGGACGCCUCGGAACAGCGCCUGCCGCCGCGUGGCGCUGCGGAUGGACUGCAGCAACAAGCGCAUCUUCCUGCCUGACCAGCGCGAGCAGUGCGACGCGAAGGCUCGCCCGGGCUGCCCGCACUGCGGCGUGGGCGCGCGGCGCUGGACGCCUCGGAACAGCGCCUGCCGCCGCGUGGCGCUGCGGAUGGACUGCAGCAACAAGCGCAUCUUCCUGCCUGACCAGCGCGAGCAGUGCGCCUGCCUUCUCCCGCUGGAACGCUGGUCGAGCGACGCGAAGGCUCGCCCGGGCUGCCCGCACUGCGGCGUGGGCGCGCGGCGCUGGACGCCUCGGAACAGCGCCUGCCGCCGCGUGGCGCUGCGGAUGGAUUGCAGCAACAAGCGCAUCUUCCUGCCUGACCAGCGCGAGCAGUGCGACGCGAAGGCUCGCCCGGGCUGCCCGCACUGCGGCGUGGGCGCGCGGCGCUGGACGCCUCGGAACAGCGCCUGCCGCCGCGUGGCGCUGCGGAUGGACUGCAGCAACAAGCGCAUCUUCCUGCCUGACCAGCGCGAGCAGUGCGACGCGAAGGCUCGCCCGGGCUGCCCGCACUGCGGCGUGGGCGCGCGGCGCUGGACGCCUCGGAACAGCGCCUGCCGCCGCGUGGCGCUGCGGAUGGACUGCAGCAACAAGCGCAUCUUCCUGCCUGACCAGCGCGAGCAGUGCACCCCCGCAUACCUCGGCUUCACCAGCCUAUCGAAGCCUCAAGAGGAGCCGACGCCCCUGAUACCUGAAGACCUGCUGCCCUCCCCGCCGAUAGAUCUGAAGGCGCUAUGCGAGAGCAACGCAGCCAAGUGUGAUCCGUCACGCUCGCCCGCGCAAAGUCUUUGUGACGCCAUACUGGCGGGAGAAUCUAUACAGCAGCUGUUGCCGAAGAUUGCCGCUGCUCGCUCGACAAUCAACGAGCAAAUAACGUCGUUGAUGGGCGGCACCUGCGUGCACGCGGCGUGCAAGCGGGCCGACGUGGCCGCGCUGUACUUGCUGCAGUACGCCGGCGCGGACUUGUGUGCGGCCGACAACGCGCUGCGGACGCCGCUCGUACUCGCCGCGCAGUGUGAGUACCCGUACAAGUACAAGCGAGACGACGCGGCCGCGCUGUACUUGCUGCAGUACGCCGGCGCGGACUUGUGUGCGGCCGACAACGCGCUGCGGACGCCGCUCGUACUCGCCGCGCAGUGUGAGUACCCGUACAAGUACAAGCGAGACGACGCGGCCGCGCUGUACGCGCUGCAGUACGCCGGCGCGGACUUGUGUGCGGCCGACAACGCGCUGCGGACGCCGCUCGUACUCGCCGCGCAGUGUGAGUACCCGUACAAGUACAAGCGAGACGACGCGGCCGCGCUGUACGCGCUGCAGUACGCCGGCGCGGACUUGUGUGCGGCCGACAACGCGCUGCGGACGCCGCUCGUACUCGCCGCGCAGUGUGAGUACCCGUACAAGUACAAGCGAGACGACGCGGCCGCGCUGUACGCGCUGCAGUACGCCGGCGCGGACUUGUGUGCGGCCGACAACGCGCUGCGGACGCCGCUCGUACUCGCCGCGCAGUGUGAGUACCCGUACAAGUACAAGCGAGACGACGCGGCCGCGCUGUACGCGCUGCAGUACGCCGGCGCGGACUUGUGUGCGGCCGACAACGCGCUGCGGACGCCGCUCGUACUCGCCGCGCAGUGUGAGUACCCGUACAAGUACAAGCGAGACGACGCGGCCGCGCUGUACGCGCUGCAGUACGCCGGCGCGGACUUGUGUGCGGCCGACAACGCGCUGCGGACGCCGCUCGUACUCGCCGCGCAGUGUGAGUACCCGUACAAGUACAAGCGAGACGACGCGGCCGCGCUGUACGCGCUGCAGUACGCCGGCGCGGACUUGUGUGCGGCCGACAACGCGCUGCGGACGCCGCUCGUACUCGCCGCGCAGUGUGAGUACCCGUACAAGUACAAGCGAGACGACGCGGCCGCGCUGUACGCGCUGCAGUACGCCGGCGCGGACUUGUGUGCGGCCGACAACGCGCUGCGGACGCCGCUCGUACUCGCCGCGCAGUGUGAGUACCCGUACAAGUACAAGCGAGACGACGCGGCCGCGCUGUACGCGCUGCAGUACGCCGGCGCGGACUUGUGUGCGGCCGACAACGCGCUGCGGACGCCGCUCGUACUCGCCGCGCAGUGUGAGUACCCGUACAAGUACAAGCGAGACGACGCGGCCGCGCUGUACGCGCUGCAGUACGCCGGCGCGGACUUGUGUGCGGCCGACAACGCGCUGCGGACGCCGCUCGUACUCGCCGCGCAGUGUGAGUACCCGUACAAGUACAAGCGAGACGACGCGGCCGCGCUGUACGCGCUGCAGUACGCCGGCGCGGACUUGUGUGCGGCCGACAACGCGCUGCGGACGCCGCUCGUACUCGCCGCGCAGUUGUUGGUAGAAAAAUCUGAAAAGAAGAGUCCAAUCAAGUCAAAGAAACUGAAAGAAAAAGAAAUUAAAGAAGACAGCAAAUCUAAAGAAGAAACUGACGAGGAUACCAAAGAAGGAAUAGAGGAGCAGGAAGACAGCAUCGCGAGUAUAGAAGAAUGCAAAGUGGAAAAGGCUAGCAGAGAGAAUCUUAUGAAGUUCGUUCGGUACUUAGUCGCGGCUGGCUGUGACAUAAACAUACAGGGUCCUGAAGGCAUGACAGCUUUGCACAUAGCAGCGCAAGGUGGCGACGUGGAACUUUGUACGGCGUUGUUAGAGGCGGGAGAUGUGUCAGUAGACUCACGAGACUUGGGAGGGUGGACGCCGCUCGUGUGGGCGGCUGAGAAUGACCACGUCGACGUCGUCAGAUUGCUGCUAUCACGCGGCGCGGACGCAACGACCCGCGAUGCUGAAGGCAACGGCUGCGUGCACUGGUGCGCGCUGGCGGGACACGCGCGCUCGCUGCGACUAUUGCUCGCCGCCGCGCCGCAUGCUCACGCCGCGCCCAACGCGCACAAGGACACGCCGCUACACGUUGCCGCCCGUCAAGGACACUACUCUUGCGUCGUUAUCUUGUUGGCGAGGGGAGCACGGACGGACGUGGAGAACUCGGCGGGCGAGCUGCCGGUGGAGGUUUGCAGCGGCGCGUGCCAGAGCGUCGUCUCGCUCAACAUGCAAAUGGCGCUCGCGGCCAAGGGCCAGCUGCGCCGAGGCAAGCUGCUGGCCAGCGACCUCUCAAACGGCUGCGAGACGUACGCGCUGCCGUGCGUGAACGAAGUGGACGAUACGCCCGCGCCGGAUGACUUCACCUACGUCACCGACCACGUCAUGCCCGAGCCGCUCAGCAUAGACAACACGAUACAGAGUAUGCAGGGUUGUCAAUGCAAGGACGGCGACUGCAGCGGCGGCGGCUGCGCGUGCUGCGUGCUGAGCGUGCGGCGCUGGAGCUCGGCGCUGGGCCGCCUGCCGCCCGCCUUCCCGCACCACGACCCGCCCAUGAUGUUCGAGUGCAACGCCACCUGCGCUUGCAAUAAGCGCAAAUGCGGCAACAUGGUGAUAUCGCGCCUACAACAACGCGGCUCGCUGUUCAUCCGCGCGGAAGUCUUCCGUACUGCCCGCGCGGGCUGGGGUCUACGGGCCGUGUCCGCGGUGCCGCGCGGCUCCCCCGUGGCGCUGUACUGCGGCGAAUUACUGCCUCUAGCUAGGGCGGACGCGCGGCCUAAUGACCAGUAUCUGUUCGCGCUUGAUGUUAAACCGGAUCUGCAGCAGCAAUGUGGCGACAAAGGGACCCUCUGCGUGGACGCAUGCAUAUGGGGUUCAGCGGCGCGUUUUAUUAACCACAGCUGUGCGCCCAACCUGGCCCCGCUGCGCGUGUUCACGCGGGCACGUGAUCUCGCCGCGCCCGUCGUCGCGCUCUACGCCAUGCGUGACGUCGCUGCCGGCGAAGAGCUCACGUUUGAUUACGGUGACAAGUUCUGGUCCGUCAAAUCGAAGUGGAUGAAAUGUGAAUGCGGUUCUCCAGAGUGCAGAUAUCCCGUAAAAUCCACGGAGGCCGACGCUUAAUUGGCAGUUGGCACGGAACCCGUGAGGAUGGACUCUAGAGAUAGACCCGGACGUUUACCUAGUCCGCCUUAUAAUAAUCUCAAUAAAUCCAUGAAUGUAAAUAGAAUGUACUUUAUAUUAUGUUAUAUUUAAUUACUUUAAUGUAAAAUAAUGUAUGUAUUUAA